AUGUGGAGCUGCUCAAACGCUGUAUGUAACGGAAAAAUUACCAAGGUUGGGGCAUGUCAUGCUGCCAGGUACAUCAUUAACAACAAACUGGAGAGAAAAAGAGUCAUUAGUCAUGGACGAUGCAUUAGCCCCAAUGUCUGCUCUUGUAGACGACCUCACCCAGAACCGAACUAUUUCUAUGAUGAUGGUCCUAAAUGUACCGCUUGUCCUGAUAUUGACCACUGUCAUGAAAACCAUUGCACAAGUCUAGCAAACAACAGGUGCGUCAGGUGUGAAGGUGAGGUGAAACCUGAACUAUACUGGGUGGCGUACACUAGAAAACCAAGUGCUGAUAAAUUGUGUCAAAAGGCGUGCUCAUGGCGAAAAGACAGCACAAGAUGCUAUCCCGGAGAAUGCCCCGACCAACUCGCAAGCAACUGUAAUUGUACCACAGGAUUUACAGGACGUCAUUGUGAAAUAAUGCAAGAAUAUGCUCAUAUCGUGGACAAUAUGUGCUCUCUAAAAAUCGGAAAUACGGAAGUUUUAAACAACCCUGACGAUCCGAACAAUGUUGAUUCCACCAAAAUCAUCUGGACGAAAGAAACUGGUUGGGAAACAGCUGAAUCAGAAUGGAAUUCCUUAUACAAGAUGACGGCUCCAAAACAUAUUAGUUAUGUUCACAAUUUCCGAGUAGGGAUUGUACACGCAAAGACGACAUUAAGAUACAUUUCAGGAAAUGAUGGAAAAGAAACUGUUCUCUUCGAGAAUUGUCCAGGGCCAUCCCAUGAAGAGCCAUACAUAGAUACUUUAAAAUGUUAUUCAAAAUUUCAAUUGAAUGAUAAACUCUCCUUUAAACACAACGAUACGUUGAUAUAUGCAAUAGAAGCAUCUAUUGGAGGGUAUGUGGUCAUCAUAGACAGAGAACAAAAUGACAGACACGACAAAUAUACUUACAUUGGAACAACUAAAGAACUCUUUUAUGAGUAUCAUUGGGAUACCAUUAAGCCUUACCACUGUAUGGCAAUAGAAAAUAAAACCUUUGACUGUCCACAGUUCCUUACAGUCCCUGAUCUUACUGAAGAAAAUACGAUUACGAUAACUUGGGAUGGAUGGGAUGAUGAUUUGUCCGGGCUAUGGAAGUAUGAAUAUGAAGUAUACGAAAUGGGCAUCUUGGGAACGACUUUACAUGAAAAGGAUUUAAUCACCACUGGAACCCUCUACCUAAAUAUGAGUUUUACAACAGUAACAUUCAAAGAACCAGGAAUAUUUGCAAUACAUUUGACGGCACUGGAUAAAGCAACAAAUGAUAAAACCUCUCGCAAGGUGGUACUGUACGACAACCUAUCUAAAGUUUCGUUUCAACCUUCUAAAGUUACGAGAAUUGAAACAGCCUCCGCCGCUACUAAUUACGUUUGGGUAAAUGAAGAAACAAACAUUAUUUUGGCAAAAUGGACUGAACGCUUCCGGAACGAAAGGCACGAGCACAAUAGAUGGCUUACAACCGUUUCCUCUUAUCCAAAUAUAGAAGAUACAUAUGACGAUCACCACGGAAGACGAACCAUUGAUGAAGUUCCAAAUGUUUAUGGCUGUGUGGAUUUUAUGGUCUCAUAUGCAGUGAAUGAUGGCCAUGUAAUAAAAGAUUUUCAAAACUUUACAUCUGUUCAUAACAUCAAAGAUGAAUCUGAAUAUCUAAAUUUGCUGUGGUCUGACGGCGACAGGGCAGAUAUCACUGUUCGUGCUAUUGACAUUUUUGGUAAGACAUUGGAUGAAACAGUUACCAUCUACCGAGAUGCAACACCUCCAGUCAUUGAGAAUUUAUGGUUAACCCGAGGGGAUAGGUUAAAUAUUAGCGUUCACAGCUUAGAGGAUUUCGCAAAAAUGACAAUUGAAUGGCUUGCAUAUGAUUUGCAUAGUGGGUUAAAAAGUAUUUAUUGGAAAUUAUAUGACAACUAUACAGCUGGAGAUGACAUUUUACACGGUCACGAAGACAUACCCUCACAGGGUGGAGCAAGUAAUUUGACGGAAUGUCUUGAAAAAUACAACGCAUACAGCAGAGGAGCUAAUUGUUACGAAACAAACCACUGGGGUGCCUAUCACCAGCAGUUCCAAGUGAAACCACAAAUUAAAGUACAUGGAGGUUUGUUACAAGGCAAAGACCACGGACUACAUGAUUCUGACUACUUUCUUGAAAUCCAAGCCGUAAAUAAUGCUUUGAUGAAGACAAUUAUGACAAAAAAGAUUACGAUAGAUACUUCGCCACCUCACACAGGAAUCGUCCAGGAUGGCAUAAGGGGUACUGCUGAAGUAGAUUUUCAACAAAGUAUUAUCCUUCAAGCCCACUGGGAUGGAUUUUUUGAUAGAGAAAGCGGUGUUCUAUUCUACCAGUAUGGUUUUCACACCGAACCGAUAUCUUCUGAUGAUUUUCUGUCAGAUACAGGGAAUCACUUGCUCAAUGAGACAUAUUCCACCGACGCAACUCACAAAGUAUCAUCGGAGGGAACUUAUUACGCUUGCGUGGUGGCCUAUAACCGAGCCCUGGAGCCCUCUCAGCCUGUGUGUUCUGAUGGUGUGACUGUAACGUCUGCUAUUCCUAAAGUUAAAGAAGUAGCAAUAUCAAGUGCAUUUGUUAAAGGAGGAUUGAUAACAGACAAUGGGAAAUCAUCCUUUUGGGUUUUAGAGCAGAACCGAUAUAGAAAAUUAGUAAAGAAUCCUACGCCAGCUUGUUUAAAUAAGGCAGCGGUGGUAUCAGAACUAGAUCUGUUCCCAGCUAUGUAUGAAAAGAAUGGAUCGUUUGUGGAAGUGAAUGGCAGCACAUUCUGUAUCAAUACCACUGGAGCGCCAAAUAUUUUGAGUCCAGUACUCGCUAAGUCUUCACAUAUUACUAUGACAUGGUCCGCUGAUAACACCAGCGUUCAUGACUAUGAAAUCGGGUUCUCUUCAACCACCGGAAGUACUGCUCCUGACAUAAUGCCUUUUAGAAGCACGAAACAACACCUUCGUAUACACAUAAUGCACACAGACUUACCAGAGGGGACUCCAUUUUACAUUGUUAUCAAAUCUAUCAGUAAAGCAAAUGUUGAAGGGCUGCAGUUUAUCGGACCUUGUUAUGUAGACAUCACCGGACCUACUUUCACACCACCUAUCAAAGUCAUUCAUUCCAACGGACACUUAAUUGCCUCCUGGGACGCUUCUGCGUUUGAAGACUCGGAAGAUCCAUAUCCUUUGAAUUUUGAAUAUUCUAUCGGACAUCACCCCAGAGGUGCUGAGGUACACAAAUACACAAAACUGAAGAAAGGGGAUGUAUGUAAAUUGACAGUACCACCUAUAUGUACUGCCAUCAAUAUAUCCACAGCAGAAUGGGGUAUCCAUGGGAACCAUACGUAUUAUGUGACGAUCAAAGCGGAGAACGUCGCCGGUUUGACAACUUACGGUGUAUCAGAACCUUACAUCCAUAACGUACAACUUCCUUCUAGGGGCGUCGUCAUGGACACAGCAUCGGAUGGGAGUAUGCAGUUUCUCGAUAUAGAGGAUAUUGAUUUUACUACUACUACUACCAGCCUCUCUGCCCACUGGACAGGAUUUUUUCACGCCUACCUUGACGUGGACUACAAGUUCCGUGCCGGAACAACCCGUGGUGGUGGUGAUAUUUUUCCAAGCACUGAUGUUGGUAGAAAUAUUACAUACACUGCAGUUGGACUUACAUUAGAAAAUUUUAAGACCUAUUAUGUGACAAUUACUGCAACAUCGUCUGCUGGUGAUGUAGAAGUUACGUCUGAUGGCGUCACGGUUGUAGAAGAAAACUCACCUUUAACCGGAAUCUAUGUAAAUGACGGAGAACCUUGUGAUGCCACAGUUGUCGAGAAUGUGACGUUUAGCCAUCAUGAAUUGGAUCAUCGUCUUAAAUGUACAAAGGACAUUGAUUACCAAUCAUCGAUUGACACCCUUAGUGGCUAUUGGAACGUCCCAUCCAACCUUCAGACGUUUGCUCCUGAUAUGCAUAUAUCAAUCGAACAACAUUCUAUUUAUGGAAACAAUUGGACAACUUUUAAAGAUUUUUAUUACAACCAUGGGCACCAAGAGGUUAGAUUCACAAACCUCUUGCUAGAUCCAGGAAUAAACUAUCGUUUAGUUGUGAAGCUCUGUGCUCGACACAUAUGUUAUGCCCCACAAUAUAGUGACGGUGUCAGAGUUAUUGCCAAUCCCCCAACAACUGGAAGUAUCGUCGUCAAGCAUGUCAACAUUACAAAUGGAAAAGAACAGUUACAAGUACAAAUGGAUAGGUUUUUUGAUCCUGACGUACCCGACCAUAACAUCAAAUACAGUGUUGUAGAUAAAUACGAAUGGGCAAUUACUGACCAAUCAAAAAUCGGUCGAACACAUACAAAAUGGAAUGAACUGGACAACUAUGCUGUAUCUCUUUCAAAUACAGAGAUGUCCUUUACGCUGGAAUUGAAUGGGCAAUUUGAUUUUUCUAAAUGUCGAGGACUGGCAAUUCGUGGCUACAACAAAGUGAAGUUGUACUCCACUGUCUACUCGCACAUCAGAGACUGCGAGGCCUUUGAUCCAGUAUUGAUAAGACCAAAAGUUGUCAUAGAUGCCGUGGGAACACCGGAUCCCGAUAGAGAUGGAUAUGGCGAACCCAUCAUUUUAGAGACAAAUGCCCACUGGUCUCAUCCCGAUGCAGAUUACACUCCAAACAUGAACUACAUUUCUGCCGUAUGGCCAAAACUCCGUUACAAAUCAUACACAGUUGCGGUACUGAACGCCAAAAGUUUAGAUGUGACGACGUAUUAUCUUCCAACCAAAACUUUGUCACUGUCUGAUCCCUGUAGUCAUCCAGACGCCGUUAAAUGUUCUUCAACAGAGAACGAAUUUAUUAACGUCAAAUUUGAGCCGGGGGAAUUGGUACAUGGGCAGCGGUAUAUGGUGUGUAUCCAUACUGAAUAUACUGAAAUUGUAUACGAAAAAUGGACACAGGUAUUACCGGAAAUCAAUGAGUGUAGUGACGGUGUAGUGGUGGAUCUUACUCCUCCAGUGGCGGGAAAGGUCUGGAUUGGAAGUAGACAAGGACUGGAAUAUCAGACUACUACAUCCGUAUUGUAUGUCAGCUGGGACACAUUCCAAGAUGUAGAAGAAUUUCAGACGACUUCUCAUGCAUCAGGGAUUCAGAACUACAAACUAGGAAUAGGAACAUCUGUUGGUGGCAAUGACGUAAUUGCUUUCUUUGAUGUUGGAGUUGUCAACCAUAAGGUUUUGAAUGGAACCGUUUUAGUAAAUGGAAACACAUACUUUGCCACACUUGUAGGCACAGACUUUGCUAAUAGAACAACAACACAGUCAUCACCACCCAUUAUUGUUGACAACACUCCGCCAUUGAAGACAGACAAGCCCUUGACAAUUUCCGGCCGACACAUUACAUCUGACACGGAAAUCGAAGCAUGUUGGAAGAAUGUUUUUGUAGACCCUGAGAGUGAAAUUAAUUUUUAUGAAUGGUCCAUUGGAUCUGAAGCCGGUUAUGACGAUAUAAUGAAUUUCACACGUGUUGAGUCUGAGUGCGCAGAAAAUAACGAAAUCGAACGCCUUGACUUCAAAGAAGGACAUGCAUAUUAUAUUUCUGUUAAGGCAUUCAAUAAAGCAGGAUUGAUGUCGAUGGCCACUUCAUGGGCGUAUAGUGUAGACUUUACUCCACCUCUGAAGGGUCAUGUAUUUGACCUUCAACCAAAUGGAACCAGUAAAAGAGAUAUAGAUUUUCAAACGGAUAUGUCAAAACUACUUGUAUUCUGGGAAGGAUUUUUUGAUCCACAUUCUGCAAUAAAGGAGUAUACCGUCAGCAUUGGAACAUGUUCUGAAUGUGGUGACGUCAUUGCUGAACAAACCGUUGGAAUGGCAACUGAGCUGGAAGUCGACUAUGUCCAUUUUGGAUCUGGUAUAACAUACUACACAACCGUGAUGGCUUGUAACACAGCAGAUUUCUGUGUUGUGGCCACGUCAGACGGGGUUAUUAUGGACAACAGUCCUCCCAGCAUGGGCGUGGUUAAUGAUGGCACAGCUUUGGAGGAUAUCGAAUACCAAUCAAUUAGAAACUUUAUCGAUGUCAGAUGGUUUGGAUUUAACGAUCCCCAGUCAGGAUUAGCUCAUUUUGUAUGGUGGGCUGGGAUAACGCCUGGAGGGAGAGAGAUCAUAGAAGAACGAGAAAUUCACGUCACUGAGAUGGCCACUGCGUUAAACAUUGUGCCCCAAAUGCCUGUUGGAAAGCGGAUUUAUGUGACCGUUAGGGCAUUCAAUAGAGGGGGUUUGUAUAGAGAAGCGACAUCCAACGGGUUUAUCAUAGACGAUACUCCCCCUGUCAUAUCUCGAGGUCCCGUGUUUUCCAGAGACUUUGGAAUCAUUGGUAAUACACAGUUUUACAGAACUUUGAUGAAAAUAGAAUGGGACGUUAGUGACAAAGAUUCACAAAUAGAAAAGCAGUAUGUAUCUCUGAGGUCACAUCUUGGUGGAGACUUUGACCUUCCGUCAGCAAAGGUAAACGGGAUCGCCAGGGAUUUUGUGCUGAGUGGACUGAACUUGCAUGAUGGUGUAACAUAUUAUGUCACAGUUAUAUCUUGCAAUGGAGCUAGAAUAUGCACGUCAAGCACAUCCGGUGGAAUCCUGGUUGACAGCACCCCGCCAAACAGAGGCAUGUUUGCCAUCAAAACAGACCAUGCAGCAGUGCUUCAUCGCCAUAUAGAGGGGUCAAUGACUUGGUCCAAAUAUGCAGUUAAUCUAGCUUGGUUGGGAUUUGCAGACAUUCAUUCAGACGUUACGCACUACUUUAUAAACAUAGGAUCGAAAUAUAUGAGUGCUGAUCUCAAUGCUGAGCCUGGUAUGCCACAGAGAGUUAAUCACUCAGCAACUGGACAAGAGAGAGAUGAAGGAAGAGUUCAAACUUACAGAAUGAAGACUAUCAAACUGGACGGGGAAAUAAAGCAUAUGUUUGUCAGCAUGUGGGCUGUCAAUAAGGCUGGACUUUCUAGCGCAAUAAUUCACUCUCAAUUCUUAAAAGUCCCUGGCGGUAUUUUGUUCCUUGUCAGACGAUGCAGUGCUAUGACGUGCGAAGGCCACUGUGUUUGUGCUCCUCAAGAUCAACUUUGUCAUAUCAACGGUUCUUCCUGCAAUGACGUUUCAAGUAAAAACACAAACAACUUGCUGAGAGUUUUGGAUGUGAUGAAUACGAACAUUGACAUUGGGUAUACACCAAGUGAUACACUGUUACGUGGAAAAUGGGAUAUAGUUCACAGACAAGGGCAUCCUCCACUAUGGUAUCAAUGGAGUGUAGGCUUGUCGAACAAUAAUUUACCAACCGGAAUAUUCCACAAAGAGCUUGAACGUGUUUGGCAUGAUGCAGGACAAAAUGAUUUUAUCAUAUUUUCAACCAAACCAGGGUUUAAAUUGGAAGAAGACAUAAAUUAUUCUGUUUUCGUGAAGGCAUGGUACAGCGAUAAUACAUAUGCUAUAUUCAAAUCAGACGGAGUUUUCAUCGUAACAGAAAAACCUACGGUUACAAACAUUCUUGGAAGUUCGGUAACUGAAAAGAUGUUGAAUAGCGCUCUGAAGGAUCAAGACUUCCUUAUGGAAGAUGUGUCUUUCAUGGUAGACUGGAAGAAUAAGUUUAUCGACGCAGAAGAGCGCAUUAAGUCGUUCCAUCUCUACAUAAGUACAUGCCCUGGAGGACAUGAUAUUUGGGAUAGUAAUCAAGAUUUCAGUAAUAAAGAGACUUCUUUCCUGGUUCGAAGAAUCUCUUUAGCACCAGACGUACAGUAUUUCAGCAAUGUUAUUGCUUAUGGCUUCUCUGGUAUUCACCAUACGGAGUCAUCUGAUGGAUUCAAAACGGAUAACAGUAAGCCCUCCGUGGGUGUCAUCUACGAUGGAAUCGGAUUGCAUGAUUUGGAGUACCAAAAUACGUCCGAAAUUUUAUCCGCAAGAUGGCACGGAUUUUCGGACACCGGAUCUGGUAUUGUGCAGUAUUACUGGUGUAUUGGAAAAUCCCCAGUAGUAAACGAGGAACAUUCCAAAACAGAGUGCAGUGUUCGAGAAUGGCAAAAUGUGGGAAUGCAUACGACUGUGUCAAAAAAAAAUUCUAUAAAUGUAACUGAUGGGGAAGUUCUCUAUAGCAAGGUGUAUGCGGUUGACGACGUAAACUUCAAAUCAGAUAUAGCUGUAUCUGAUGGAGUAACGGUCGACACGACCCCACCACAACCACAAUAUCUCUUCCAUGUGGAUGAAAACUUGGGAGAAAAUCCUUCUUUUGAAGAUUCGCCGAAAACGUUGCCAAUAGAGAAUGUCAAUAGGACAAACAUAUGUUCCUUAGUACCAGACUUUCAUCCAGAGAAGUGGAACUUAACGUCAGGAAGUUGCGCAGCAGUCGUAUCCUCCGCUAGAAAUUUGGCCAGAAAUGGAAGAUCGUUCUUAUUUAUAAGAGGAUCAAUUAAACAAAUAAUUGAAAAUCUGAUUGUUGGUGAACUAUAUCAAGUAAACUUUUAUACUAGUCAUCUACUUAUAUCUGCCUCCAGACUCUCAAACAAGGAAGGGUUUAUCAACAUCGGCCGAGCAAAACAUGUCUUCAUGCUGUAUACUAAGGCUUACCGCCAUGACGAACAUGGAAAAUCAGAAAACAGAGAACUAGUGUCAUGGCACAGACAUACAUUUUAUUUCAUCGCUAACGGUGUGACUGCUACCUUGCAAAUCGGAAGUGUUGAUGAAAAGACCGGACUUUUUAUGGAUGACUUGUCACUUCAACGGGUGGAAAGAAACCAUGUUAAUAAAACGAGUGGUUUACAUGUACUUGCUCACGUAGUGUAUCUUCAUGAAUGGGGUUCGAUACAUGGCUCAUGGAGCUUUAUUGAAGACGUGAGUGCCAUUACGGAGUAUAAAUGGGCCAUUGGUUAUACAAAAGGUGGAACUCAAAUACAAGGGUUUCAGAGCGUUGGACUAAACAAUUUUGCAUAUAAUGCUAAUGUGACUCUUGUCCACAACACAUUUGUACAUGUCACAGCCGUAGCUUCCAAUAUCGCAGGUCUUCUAGGAAUAUCGUAUUCAGAACCUGUCUUGGUCGACCUCACUCCACCGAAUAUUGUCAGCGUGUAUGAUGGCGAUCUUUCAAAGGAAGAUCAAGAAGCGUGGACGGAUAACGAAGUGUCCGUCAAUUUUAAAGCUGUAGACGUGGAGUCGGGCAUUGAAUAUUGUGAAUGGGCGAUAGGAUAUCAACCCCAAGGAAUAGAACUACAAAGUUUUGAACGUUUAUCAAGCGGGCAAACAAAGGGAUACAGAGAAUUCGAUUACAGACUUUUGGAAAACAGGACAAUAUUUUCGUCAAUUCGAUGUCACAAUAAUGCAGGAUUACCGAGUUCCAAAUCUUCAAAUGGGGUGAAAAUAUCCAAUCAUUCUCCUUCUAUCAAGCACGCCAAUGUCGAUGUCAUAGCUUUGUCAGAAACUGAGUAUCCUGGCAAGGAUCACUACCAGAGCAUCAAAGACAACGUCAGAAUUCACUGGAGCGGGUUUGAGGAUUAUGUUGGAAUAGAGCAAUACAGAAUUCUCUUUCAUGGUAAUGAAAAUAAAUUCGAGGAGAAAAUGUCUUUUCCUAUCGGACAAGAUAUUUUGAGUGCCAGCAUCACACGGAUGAAUAUGGGAGAAGGUUUGAAAAAUAUAACAGUUCAAGCUAUUGGGAAACUCCUUAUUUCCAGCGAUACUGUUCCCUAUAACGUCACAGUAUCAUACAUCAAACCACAGAAAAAUCCCAAUGGAAGACUCUCUGUAAACUGGCAUGAGGAAAAGAAAGAGUUCACUGUUUUAUGGGACGAUAUUUUCUCCUCUCCUCAUUCGCUGUAUUACGAGGUGUCGGCGGGCACGGUGGAAGGUGGUAGCGACAUACUGCAGUGGCAGGAGACCACCUCUUCCAGAAUUACGUUCGGUCUUCCUCCUUCUAUCACCAGCUGGUCAGGUCUCCACGCCCACAUCUUUGUGAGGGCGGUCAGUGUGGGAGGAGUUUAUGAAGACAUCAAAGGAUACAUACAACUUCCAAAAUGAUUGCACGUUUGAUCGUUUUCAUAUACUUUGUUGAUUUGCCACGUUUUAUGUAAAUGUAGGUAAUAGUUGAUUUGGUAAAAAUAAUUUUUAACGAUUUUUAGAAAUACACUGAAAUAAUCAGAAAAUUAUAAUUUAAUUUCUUUAUGUAGUUGUGAUUAAAUGCUGUGGGUUUUUUUUAUUUAUAUAGUGUAGUGCCAUAUUUGAGAACACUUUAUCAAAUAAUAAUUCCGUCCAUUUUUCUUUUUCAUAGUGCUAUUAAAUAAAAAGUGUUUAAUCAUG